AUGAGACUCUCACAGUCCCCCACACAAACUAUAACAGCUCCCCACCCCGCCCCCACACAAACUCUCACAACUCUCACAGUCCCCCACACACAGACUCUCACAGUCCCCCACACGAACUCUCACAGUCCCCACACACAGACUCUCACAGUCCCCCACACCCAGACUCUAACAGCCCCCACACACAAACUCUCACAGUCCCCCACACCAACUCUAACAGUCCCCCACCCUGCCCCCACACAAACUCUAACACCCCCACCCCGCCCCCACACAAACUCUAACAGUCCCCACACCUCACUGUCCCCAACAGACACGCAGUACAGUACAGCUACAGAGAGAAGAGCUGACUCUCCCCUCACGUAG